UCCGCGUGACCAGAGUGCCUUGGCCCGGCCCAUCGUUUGUGAUCGGUAUAUAAGUGCGGACGCCGGGCCCCAAUUCGGUUCUGAGCGUUUGCAUCGUUCGCGCGUGUUGCCCGGCCCCGCCUCCCAGAUUUGGCAUUCUACAGUAAAGUCAUCAUGAACAUUUUCCAACUCCUGAGGAAAAAGAAGGAACUUAUUCCUUUGGUGCUGAUGAUGACCGCAGCAGCGGGUGGAGCUUCGUCCUUUGCUAUAUAUUCCCUUCAAAAAAGUGAUGUGAUCAUUGAUCGGAAAAGAAAUCCAGAACCUUGGGAAACUGUGGAUCCUAAUGUACCUAGAAAGCUUCUAACAAUCAACCAACAGUGGAAGCCCAUUGAAGAGUUGCAGAAAGUCCAAAGGGCCACCAAAUGACCAGCCCUUGCUUCUUUCUUCUAUGAAUACUCUAUGAGUCUAGUGGAAACAUUGCUGCACAAACUAGAUUAUGGAUACCAGUGUGCGGAAAUGCUUCUGCUACAUUUUUAGGGCUUGACUACACUUUCGGACUCUGGAUAGGAAUUAUAAAGGUAGUGUAGCAAUAACCACAUAGUGCAAAAAUAAGUUCAUGCUUAUUUUCUUGUUGUAAAUUUAAUUUCGCAUAUUGAAAUUUUUAUGUUUAUGAUGCCGGAUUGUUUUCCUUAAAGUGUAUAAAGAUUUGUAAACUAAAUUGUCUAUAAUAAAAUACUACGUGUGCGAGA